AUGGAGCCGCCGGUCAGCAGCACAAACACAGAGCCGCUGGCCACCAGCACAAACACGGACCCGCCGGGCACCAGCACAAACACAGGGCCACCGGGCACCAGCACAAACACAGGGCCACCGGGCACCAGCACAAACACAGGGCUGCUGGGCUUA